AUCUGGUUUCUUUUUAACAUAAAUAAAACUUAAAAUGAAAACUUUCAAAUUUUUCAUACAUAAUGAAUAAAUUAAUUUUGAUUAGAAUGAACUUCAUUUCGUGGGCAAGUAUUGGAGAAUGUCUGGUAGACCAACAGUCUGCAUUUUGAUCAGGGAAGAACACAUGAGAGAUACACACUUUAAAGAAAUGCUGGAUCUAUUGGCAAUGUUCAAGAAGGGUCACUGUGACGGAUUAAAGAUUCGUACUGGUAGACUUCAAAAUCUUAUAUCAUCGUCUUGUAUAGAACAUCUUGACUUUCUUCAUUUACUACCACCCGAUAUUAUUCCAAAAUUUGAAGCAUUUCAGCAAUUAGAACAUACUUCGAUUGGAUAUCAAAGUUUAACCGAUAUUCCUAAAGCAAUAAUUUAUAGCGAACCUACUUACAAUUUUGAGGAGUUCACACACAAAUCUACUAAAGAUAUUCUGGAUGCCAUUUCUCAAACCGAUACCCUUCACGGACAGAGUCAGCUAUUAGGCAUUCUUUGGUAUCGCGAAGGACCACAGUUUUGGGUGGAUGGAAUAACAGUAAAGGAAAGACUUGAAAAACUAACGAGGCAGGCUGGAGCUCUCAGGCAUUGGUCUGUAGUACGUUACUGUUCUAGCGUUCUGGAGAAAAUGGUCGAUAGCAUCAGUCCUUACAUUACGUCAACCCUAGUCAGCGGCAAACAGAUUACAGUUGGUAUUUUCGGUCACGAAGAAGUGGUCAUCGAUCAUCCUCUAACUCCCAAAGAAGUAAAAGGCAUUAUAUAUGGUCAGUGUCAGCAUCAUGAUAUUUAUCAAGCAGUUCUUCAACAAGAAAUUAUUCUCUAUAUCGGAAGACUCAUUUCUACGUCACCGCAUCUGUUUCAUGGCAUUUUGAAACUCAGAGUGGGCUGGAUUAUUCAAGCCAUGAUUCUUUAUUUGAAAUUCCUGAAUGAGAAUCCUCCAGCGUUACACAGUCUUUCUCCUAGCGAUUUACGAAAAGUCCUUUUUAAAGUGCUUGAAACGUCAGAUAAUGUUGCAUCUAAUAAGUAAGUUACUGUUGAUUAUCCAAAAUUCAUACACUAAACUAUUGAUUAAAGAUGAAACUAUUCCCAAUAUUUAAAUAAUAAUAAUAAUGUAUUACUAACCUAACCUAAAAGUUAGUUUAAAUUUGAUGUUUUUGAGAUUGAAGUGUUUUUUAUCCAUCUUUUUCUUCUAUGUGGUCACUAAGAGGGUCAAUACUUCAAACAUUUUUACACUGGACUUGCUGUAUAACACAUCUUUAAAAUCUUCUGGGUGCCUGGUGACAAAAUUCACGGGUAAACAAACAUUUUCAGUCUCCCAAGCUCUGCUUGGAAAGCAGAAAACCUGAAGCAGAGCUCGGAAGGCAUCAGAAAAUGUUUGUUUACUCAUGAAUUUUGCUGCCAUUCACCUGGAGAUUUUUGAGGUGUGUUACUAAUGGAGCCAUUUUACUAGUCCUGUCAUAAAUCUGGUCGGGCCACCAAUGGGAUGGUACCUGUGACUUAUCUAGGACAGAACACCCAUGAAAAAUUGCUGGGAUUCAGUUGGAUUUUUGAUCCCAAGUCUCCCAGAACAGCACACUGAUGCUUUUAUUACCUUAUCUGUCUGGAUAUCUGUUUGGAGUAUACU